AUGCAAAUGAUUCAAUUGGUUAGUGAAAAAUAUUUGCUGUUAAAAACAACUUGAAAACCGUAUUGUCAAUGUUUUAAGUAGAAAAUAAGUUAUUAUUUAUUUUAAAAAACAGAAAAACAAGUGGACAUUUAAUAAUAAUUUGCAAAAAUGUCAAGUACAUCACAAAAACAUCGCAACUUUGUUGCGGAACCAAUGGGUAAUAAACCUGUUACUGAUCUAGCGGGAGUUGGAGAAGUUUUAGGUAAAAGAUUAGAAACUGCUGGUUUUGAUAAGGCUUAUGUGGUUCUCGGGCAAUACUUAGUUCUUAAGAAGAAUCAAGAAUUAUUUCAAGAGUGGAUGAAAGAUACCUGUGGAGCAAAUACUAAGCAAUCGGCGGAUUGUUUUCAAUGUUUAAAUGAUUGGUGUGAAGAGUUUUUAUAAUCCUUAACUUUACUUUUAAUUGUUUUUUAUAUAUUUUCUAAUUUUAAUAUUAAAAACGAAGUUGAACCUCGAAAAUAAACCUCUAUUUUUAAUGUUUCAUAAGUAAAUGUAUAUACUACUAUUAAUGUACUAC